AUGAGAUGCAUCACAAACACAAAUAUAAUUGUUGAUGAUUUUGAUUUUUGUAAAAAUUUUAAGAAAAACACUUUUAUACAUUUUUUGACUCAUUUUCAUCAGGACCAUUAUGAAGGCUUAAGUCCUCUCUGGGAUUACUCCCCAAUUUAUUGCUCUGAAAUAUCAAAAAACUUAAUUUUACAAAAAUAUCCAAAGAUAUAAAAUAUUCAUGCUCUUCAGCUGAAUACAAAGUAUGAGUUUACCUUAAACAACAUAGAGAGUUUAAAAGUUGAAGUUUGGUUCUUCGAUGCUCACCAUAUUCCUGGGUCUGUUAUGAUUCUAUUUAAAGGUUAUAUGGGAACUAUUUUUCAUACUGGAGAUUUUCGGUUUAAUUAAUCCAUGAUUGACUGCAAUCCGAUUCUGUUUCCUCCUGAAUUAAGGACCAAAAAUCUCCAAAACUGUUCAAUUUAAAUAGAUGAAAUGAUUUAUGACAACACUUACUGCAAUCCUGCAUUCAAUUUUCCUAGAGGAGAUGAGGUCUUUAAAAGAAUGGUUGAAAUAAUAGAAAAGAAUAGAAAUAAAAGAGUUUUAAUAGCAAUGGGAGCACUAGGAAAAGAAGACAUUUGCAUAAAAUUAUCAGAAUAUUUUCAAACACUGUUGAUAAUUGGUGAAUCGAAGCUACUUUAAUUGGAGGCUAUAGGGACAUACAGGACAGAUAUUUUUACUACAGAUAGAGAUUAGGGUUUUAUUGAGAUAAUAAAAAAAAGACACAGAGAGCAAAAAAUAUAAGAAUUUAAAAGCCUAAAUUAUGAUUUUAUUGUGAUUACUACAGACUUUCUAAUGUUGGAUCAUAAAGAUCCAGAUGGGAUCAAUUAUAUGGUCCCAUACAGUCUUCAUUCUAACUUUAAAGAAAUGGAGUGUUUAGUAAAGGCAAUUUCACCAUCAAUUUUACGGAGACUAGUUUUAGAAAUAUAUAAAUUGCCUCAGUUUAGAAAAAACCAGGUGAUUGACAAUAUUAAAUUCUACUUGAGUUAUGUAAAUGGACUUAAAAGAAAAGGAGAAGGUGGUUACUCAUAGUUCAAAUAGAAAUAUACCAGACUGCAUAAGCUAAGUGAUGACUUCAGAAGGUGGAUGAACCCUGAAUCCUAAUAAGAGCUCAUGAGCUUCUUAGGUUUGGAUGUUGAACCUGAUAGAAACCUAAGAAAAUAUAAAAGAAAAGAAAUAUCAGAAGAGGAAUAAGCUAAGCUGGAUUUUAUAUACCAAAACAAUCUUCUUAAGCUAGAAAAAAAGGAAUCUCUCUUUGAUAUUUCAGAUAGACUUAAAAGCACGAAUAAUAACAAAAGAAUAGACCACUUUUUUAGUUCCUAGCAAAACUCAUAACAACUCUAAAAGUCUAAAAAAUUUGAUAGCCGCCAAUCAGUUAACUCAUAAAGUUCUUGUAAAAUUGAUAUUCUAGAAGACCCUACUUUGAAGAGUCUUUUUGAUUAGUUUUUGAAUUCUCAAACGAAUUUAAGCUUUAUGAGCCAUAAAGGUGAUUAAAUCAAUAAUUAAGUUCAGCAAGAGAACCAAUAAGAAAAAUAAAAUUGA